AUGGGCUCGUCUUUGGUGGUCUUUCAAACCUGCAGCAUCCUGAGCGUCGUGCUCUUCCUGAAGUACUUCGUGACCAACCUUCGCUGGGCGGUGUUGAAAGGCAAAGCCAACUUGCGGGCCAGGGAGGACGUCAACAACAAUCCGAAUGCAACACAGGAUGACGUUGACAGGGCGACGCAAGCAGGCCGCAUUGUGCAGAAUGAUUUGGAGAACAUUCCAUUCGCGCUCGUCUUCAUGUGGGGCACAGCCCUUGCUAUCCUAGGGGCCGCUCUUACGCCGCUGAAUAACACAUCCGACCUUUGCACAGCACAUGUCGUCCUGGCGACCAUCUUCACGGUGACACGUGUGACGCAUAGCAUCAUCUACAUUCUGCAGUUGCCCCUCUCGAGGGGCGGCGUAUUCAUCAUCGGUACUACUGCGCUCUUUGGCAUGGGAAUCGUGGGCAUUGUCGCCGCAUUUGAGAUGACGAUCUGA